GCGGGUGAUAUUUCACCUGCACGUCGUUCACUCGGCACUUCGAAUCCACUAGGAGCCUGUAACGCCUGGUCAACACAUGUGUGCCACACUUACGAUGGAUCCUCAAGACGAAGGGGGUACACAAGCAGGUCAAUGUAUUGAAAGUUCAAGUCCAAGGAGUUCGCAGGACGUUGCAUUACUUGGGCAUACGCAGGAGCCAUUUGCCGUCAAGAUCUCACCUUCGCGAAUGAACACGUACCAGAAAGACAGGAAACAGUCUUGCCUUUGGGGAAAACGAACACCACAAGUGCAAAUCAGUUGCAUGCCUCCACCGUCACGAACCCGCUCGGCGAACUGGCGCGUGUGGGUGCUGAGCCUCUUAGGAGCGUCCUUCGUAUGCACGUUAGCAGGAGUGCUCACUGCCAUGGUGGUACGACGCCUUGCACAGCACAUGGAAGGCUACGACGAACUUCCACUCGAUGCCGCCUUCGACGCUCCCCAUAUACCGCCAAAACGACCCACCAACACAACAGAGUUUGAGGUCGUCACUGACGCUGAUUCGAGAUCGGAUAUGCCGAAGAUGUGCAACACCAAGGAGCUCUGCGAACGCCUUGAUGCUUAUGUACGGAACGUCAUCAAUCACGAACAGGAACCAUGCGAAGAUUUUUAUGAAUACGUCUGCUCGAAGCACCCACAGUCUGGACGUGCAUCUGAACGGGGUAUCAUCUUGCCGUACCGACUUAGGUCAACGGCACGGCUUAUGUACGACUUGCCUCGAACACUGAUGCGGUACUACACGUUGCGCGAGAAGACCUACAGGGAGUACCCCGGAGUAUUCAUCAGCCAGGCGACCUUCUUCUUGCCCAACUGCACGUCCAUCUACAGCCGUAACGGGUUGGGCUGGGACCCGUGGACCGAACUCCUCGCAGGAGUCGGUCUGCAGGGCUGGCCCUUCAGUAGCGACCCUCCAGACUUCGACGUCCCUGCUGUGUGCGGUGCCGUCGACGCACUUCUUGGUGUCUUCCCAUUUGUUCAGGUCAAAGUGAAGAGCGAGUAUGACAUGUGCUGCGCGGCGCAGCUGGACGGACCAAUAACAGUGCUAAAGCGUCAUCAACUGUGGUAUACUGGAGAAGACGUUCUCAAUUACACUCAGGUGGUGUCUCGUGCGCUAUCUGUUCUUGGGAUAAUUCCUGAAGUGCAAGUUCUGGCAGAGAAUAUCGUCAUCCUUGAGAUGCGAAUUGAAGAUGCGCUUACUCUGCGCCGGCAUGGAGUGGUGCGCGAACGAACGGCGGACUCGUUACCCAAGAGUGUCCACUGGCACUGGAAGGAAUAUUUGGGUCGAAUCUUCUAUGCUGGAGCACUCCGAAGGAACAACGGCAUGUUGAACACAGUAGAAGUGCUGUCCGAGGACUACCUGCAAGACCUUGCGGCGAUUAUGGACAACACUUCCGUGACCACUCUGGCUAAUUACAUGGGAUACCGAACACUUGUGCAGCUCUCCCCAUUGCUACCGGACGAGGUGUCUUUUCUCGUGAGCCUCAGCCACGACGGAGAUCCCAUUCCAGGUCUUGCUCCAAGGCUACAGGCAUGCGUCCACGCGCUUGAGCGCCUUUUCCCGUUCGGUGUCCGUACCUUUCUUCGCAUGACGCUCGGCCGUGACAAUCCACUGCGAUAUUGUACCGAACUUGACGUGCAGGUCGAACGGUUGUUCAACGAGACACGGUGGCUGCUUGCACAGCGCGUCGAGAAGGCCGGCUGGCUGAAUCCAGUGGAGCGCGUUAUAGCGAGGGAAAAAGUGGCCAACAUGGAUCUGGCCUUCAUUGGCAGCGUCAUGGACCUUAAUCUGCCUGCCUCUUAUUACAAUCCCAAGGCACCAACUUUUUCUGGGAAAAGGCUUCUUCAUAGUUAUAUCGCCAUUCAGGCAAGCAAUCGCCAUGUGUACUACCAUCCCUGGACCACCGAACGCGAGUGGGACUUCGACAACCGCUACCACGUGAGCAGUCUGCUACCGGGGACGGAAUACGUGCAGGGGCGGAACACACUCUUCGUGCCGUACGGUUCCGUCGCCUUCAUUCAGGACCUGCGCUACCCCGGCCAGACAACCAAUGCCACGAAUGCAUCAGUGCCGAGAUCACCUGAACUGGACGUGGCGCUAGAACCCACGCUGAGCAGCGCCAUCAUGGCGGCAGCCUUUGCAGCUGUGGACGAUCGAGGUGUUGCUGUGGACCACCGACGUCGGUGGCGUGAUUGGUGGAGUCGAACGGCCUUUGAUCGCUUUUUUACACUCAAGGAUUGCUUUUACAGACAGUAUAAGGUUGCCCUGGAACGCAUCCUGUUGCAGGAUGUGGCCCUGAUUCGAGACCUUGACGAGCUUGUCGCCCUGAGUGCCGUGCUGGAACCUGUGUACGCGCACUACCUAGGCCGCGUAAUUCAGAGCGGAUCUUGGCGGAGUCCCGUAGCCGGGCUGACGAACUCGCAGCUGUUCUUCGUGCAGUGGGGCUUGGGUCAGUGCGAUGGCCGACGCGGGAUAUCUCACGCCCGACGACAGGCGUCGUUCGGCGAGACGCCCGCCCGCAUUCGCGUCAACACGGUCCUGCAAAACUUUGAACCUUUCGCUCAGGCGUUCGGCUGCCAAGAGGGAAACGAGAUGAGUCCCGCAAGGCGAUGCUCAGUCUGGUAGGGCGUCUCAAACGAUUUAAACACGAAGGGAUCGAUACAUAUAUAGUACUGCCAACAUCAAUAUAAUAAAAAGUCUAUCACUAUAUA